AGUAUUCUCCUAGAAACAAAUAGAAUAUAAAUGAUCUAUACAGGCAUUAGUUGCUCACAGACAUGCAAGGAUCAGGAGACUUACCAGCAACAACUUCAAUGGAUUGAAAAUAUUCAUCAGGAUGUAUAUAUCCGAUUGACGGUGUCAGGUCUGACAGGACGUACUGUUAAUAGCAGUCGACAUCAGUCGACAUUGCGAAUAAGGGUGGUUUCUGUCAUCUCUCCAAGAUGGCGCUACGGGGAUGGAAUUUUAAAUUUCAAAAGUUUGAAAAAUAUCAUACAGUCAACGCGCCUAACGAACUAUCACAUUGAUCAAGCGCGCCUUAGCAACCCGAGCGUUGACUGAAGAAGAACGAGGAACAGCAUCAAUUCUACAGACGUCUUGUUUUAUAAAGAAUAAAUUGGUCAAUUCUUACAAGUAUAACAGUAACGUGCAUUAGUUUGAAUAUUAAAACUCAAGCGAUAUUGUAGCUGGACCAUUAAUGAAGCUAUUGAAAUUUUUACUUCGCUAUUUUCCUCCCGGCAUAGCGCUGGAAUAUACGCAAGGAGGGGAUAUCAAAACAAAGAUGAUAGAUCUCCUGGAUUUAACUGUCAGUACGGAUGUCAAAGCGCUGGCUGAGCGCAUCAAAGCUGCUGAACCGAUCAUAACCGAGGGUGUAACUGAUCAGCUAGUAGAAACAUUAGAAAGACUCCAAGCUAAAGUUUGCGAUGGAAACGUGAAACGAUACUAUAAGUACAAGACUUUACAGACGCACCUGCUUCCUCUGACCAACAUUGCGUUUGAUAAAUUAGGUAAAAGAUGCCUGACGGGCAGCUAUGACCGAACUUGUAAAGUUUGGGACAUUGACAGUGGAACGGAGCUUCUUACUCUCGAAGGCCACAAGAACGUAGUUUACGCCGUAUCUUUCAACAACCCUACCGCAGACAAAAUAAUGACCGGAUCUUUCGACAAAACAGCAAAUAUAUGGUGCUCACAGACAGGACACUGUCUGCUCAGCAUGUGGGGCCACGAUGCAGAAGUCGUUGUUGUUCAAUUUUCCCCAACCCAAAAUCGCGUCGCCACUGCAUCCAUGGAUACCACAGCAAAAAUAUUUCAUCUGGGAUCUGGUCAAGAAUUAGGCACUCUGAAAGGUCACACAGCUGAGGUGAUAGCCCUUCGCUACAAUAAUGAUGGCAAUCAGAUAAUCACAGGCUCCUUUGAUGGGACCAUAGGUAUCUGGGACACGAGAACAAUGCAACGAACGAGUGUCCUGACUGGCCACGAAGAAGAGAUAUCAAACUGCCAUUACAAUUUCGACUGUUCCCUGAUCGCCUCGUCCUCUAUGGAUAAAACUGCAAAGGUUUGGGACGCUCGGAUGAAUUCCUGUCUCGCAACUAUCCUCGGUCACGAAGACGAGGUACUCGACCUCAGCUUUGACAAUAAGGGGAAAAAAUUAGCCACUGCCAGUAGUGAUACAACUGCUCGAGUUUGGGACCUAGCGGCAGAUUUUCGACAAAUCGCAGUCAUGGCGGGACACAGGGAGGAAGUAUCCAAAGUCUGCUUCAGUCCGAACGGCCAGCAAUUGUUGACGUCUUCGAUGGAUCGUACCGCCCGACUUUGGUCUUUGGAAACCGGAUGUUGCAUGCAGAUGCUCAGUGGCCAUGCAGACGACGUAUUCAGCUGCGCCUUCUCCUAUACCGGAGACACAAUAAUCACUGCCAGCAAAGACAACGCGUGCAUGAUCUGGAGGUGACUCGAAUGGUUCAAGGCAAAUUCCGUAUCGAUGGAAGAAGGGAAACGACUAGACUAUAGUUAUCUCGAUCGUCAUAGCCGGUACGUAAGUAUCAAGCAGAUUUCGAAUCGAUGACUACCUCGCGCUUAUUAUUGACAAUGUCUCCACCGAUCUGCAUACGUAUAUUACCGGAGAUGCGUUACGAAGAUCAUGCGAAGCAGCAGCAGCGGUGAAGUCCACUGUGAUUUGGACUGUGAAUUAUUAUUAUUAUUAUUAUUGUAUCCCACACCGUCCUGACCAUCUCAGGGACACCGGCGCGGUGGUCGCCUUUAUGCACCGUUUAUCCGCUGUUUGUGCAUUCCCGCACGUUGCGUUGGACGCAGUGAUAAUGGGUGCAAGGGCGCGAUAUGUAUUAUCCAGUUAAAGUUUUACUGCUUCGGACCACCGAGGCCCAUUAGGGUUCAUUCGCGCCGAUCAGCAUCUCCCGUAACUUUAUAUAUCUACAUUAUUAGACACGAUGCAGUCGUCAUCUAUAUCUCGACGGGAGCAUCGACGUCGGAAUUAUUCAAUAAAAAUGAUCUUUUUAGGUUUGACGAAGCCACAGUUAUCAGGGGAAAAUAUCAGGUGGGAACCGCACCCGCUACCUGUAACGGAAGAGAGCGAGUCUUUACCUGAAAAAAAUUCAGAGAACAUGCGGAAUAACUAU